UAUAUAAUUUUAUCUUUCAACUUUAUCAAUUGAGUUCAAUAUGCAACAAAUUACAAGUACGUUUCUGCCCAUUUUUUGUAUCACGUGAUUGCAUUAUGAUCUCCCUAAGGGCGCAUUCAGAUUUUGCCAGAAAAGCGGAAAAAAGAAAAGCAAAAGCCAAUCAAAAAUGAGCAGAUUGUACUGCUUACUACCAGUACGAUUUGUGAUUGGCUUCUGCUUGUCAGUUUUCCGCUUUUCUGCCAAAGUCUGAAUGCGUCCUAAAGCAACAUUCGACAAGGAAGGAACUGUGAAAAACGUGGUGCAGAGGUGUAGCUUUUCAUUCAUUUUCAAUUCUUUUUAUUAUCGUAUGAGUGCGUUUCGACUUGAUCUUUCUGCGAAGGAAAUAAUAAGAGCGUUUCGAAUGAGUUCUAUUUGAGAGAAAAAGAAGAAGAAAAGGUAUUUUUCAACUCGUGCCGACACAAAGUCGUGUUUCUAUCAUGUCGACUUCAUCGAAAAAAUUCUGUACUCCCGAAGAUAUAAAGAACAGAAAUUCAGAAACAACUAACGAAAAAGAUGAGAUGCAAAAAUAUGAGAAGAGAAUCUUGCAAUGCGUUCUAGCGGAAAAGAUAACUCCAAUAGAUCUUAAACAUUGGCCAUUCUUUCAUGUGCUAAAACCGGAAUUUAUCCGACAAAUCCACAUGAUUAAGAUAUAUGGUUCUAGUAGAGCUGUAAUUGUGACGAAGGACAAGAAUGUAUACAGUUUAGAUAAUAAGAAAGAUGAUUGUUCGAAGAUUAGUGACAUACAUAUUUCUCCCUUAAAACAGAUGGAAGAAUUUUAUGGAAAAAACAUAAAGACUUUUGUUCGUAACUGUUAUUUCAUCCUGGUACUUACAGAAGAGGGAGAGAUUUAUUCCUGGAAAUGCGGUAAACGCAGUUUAUUUAAAAGAGGGCCUGAAAAGUUCACACCUAUUCGAGUCUCCGGCUUUAGUAAAAAACGUAUCCUGGACAUUGCAUGCGGACAGCUUCAUUGUCUCGCUCUGACUAGUGAUGGAGAGGUGUAUGCUUGGGAAGACAAUAUUAUUUAUAUACAGAAUAAUAUUGAAAACGCUGCUAUUUAUGAUGGUCGUGUCAAACAAGUAAAACACGGAUUAGAGAAGAAGAAUGUUGUUCAUAUCGCGUGUGGUUCACGUUUCAGCAUAGUUGUAACUGACAAAAAUGAAUUAUUCGGUUGGGGCGAUAACCGAGACGGCCAAAUCUGUUCAAUCUUCCAAGCGGAAAAAUAUUACGUAUACCCACGCAAAAUUAUCACAUUCUCGGAUAAAAUAAUUAAGAUAGUCUGCGGAUACAACCAUACGUUGGCGCUCACAAAUAAAGGAGAAGUCUAUGCGUGGGGCGUUAACUUUCAUGGACAAGUAGGUGUAAAUAACAACCGCACAUCCUCCGAUCCGAUACUGGUGAACGUGCCUCAAAUGGGAAAAGUUUUAAAUGUUGACGCCUGUCGUAAUGUGAGUGUUGCCGUCGGCUAUGAUAGGACUGUCUAUGUAUGGGGUUCCUACUUCUGUCAAAAUAUUACCCAACCUUUUCCCACGAAAUUUUCGAGGAUUUUUGAUGUGUUUGCGCACAAUAAAACGUUCGAAGACAAACCAUUGAUUGUGCAUGAUUCUUUACACACUGUGCGAAUUACGAAUAAUAACAAUUACAAGUAUAUUGAAGAAAUAUUAGAAUCCCUAGGAGCAGCAUUUGAUGAUCCGUUGACCAGUGAUUUUAUCAUACAAGUCGAAGGACAACCUAUUUACGUUCACAAGGUUAUUAUUAAUAUUCGUUCCCAGCAUUUCAGAAACAUGUUUCACCAUGAUUGGGCUGAAGAUGUUCAAAGUACAUCGGAUUCAUUACCAGUAUACACCAUAUCGGAUAAAUUUUCUUAUGUCGUUUAUAAAGCCUUCUUGAAAUACUUGUAUACCGGCACAAUCGAUUUACCUUUGGACAACGCAUUAGAACUUAUGGAAUUGGCCGAGAUGUAUUGUGAAACUAAUCUUAAAGAAGAUUGUAGUCAGAUAAUAAAGCAAACCAUUACUGUGUCAAAUGUAGCAUUCUUGUACAAUAAUGCGAUCGAGUACAAUGCUAAAGAACUCAAGGAAUUCUGCUUUCAAUUUGCUUUGCGUCACAUGAUAGUUAACACGUUAUCGGAAGAUUAUAUUGAAUUAGAUAUGAGUACUCAGGCUAAAUUUAUACAUAGAUCAGCGAUACAAAAUGAUGUUACUAUCACGUCGUCGACAUUUUAUUCCUCGAACAAAAAUGUAGCGAAAAGAAAUUUAGAAACAACAAUUAAAAAAAAUGAGAUGCAAAAAUAUGAGAAAAGAAUCUUGCAAUGCGUUCUAGCGGAAAAGAUAAUUCCAAUAAAUCUUAAAUCUUGGCCGUUCUUUCAUGUGCUAAAGCCGGAAUUUAUUCCACAAAUUCACAUGGUUAUGCAAUUUAUGACAUCACCUAACUGCAGUAAUGGAUUUAUAAUUGUGACGAAAGACAAGAAUGUCUACAACUUCGAUUACAAAGAGGAGCAUUUAAAGUUUGGUGACCUACACACUGCUCUAUAUUUAAAAGAAAUAAAAGAAUUGUGUGGAAAAAAUAUAAAGACCUUUGCAUGCAGCGGAAGUUUUAUCCUAAUACUUACAGAAGAAGGAGAGGUUUAUUUCUGCAAAAUCGCUGAAAAGGAUCUUUUCCGUUCUUCUUUUACGAUUCCUGACGUAUCCACGUUUAUUCGAAUCGCCGGAUUAAGCGACAAGCGUAUCGUGGACAUCGAUUGCGGAGAGGAUCAUGGUCUCGCUCUGACUUGCGAUGGAGAGGUGUAUGCUUGGAACGAAUAUUGUUGCGAGCAUUAUGAUUGGGAAGAAAGUGAUUGUGUGCCGUGGCAGGUGAAACAUGAAUUGGAGAAAAAGAAAGUUGUCCACAUCGCGUGUGGUUCAAAUUUCAACAUAGUUGUAACUGACGAAAAUACAAUAUACGGUUGGGGCGAUAACGGGACAGGUCAGAUUGCAAUCGACCAGGUGCUAGAAUACCAAUACCCAUGCAAAAUCUUAGGAUGCACAAUCUCGAAUAAAAUAGUUAAGGUGGUCUGCGGAGAGAGGCAUACGUUGGCGCUUACAAAUAAAGGAGAAGUCUAUGCCUGGGGCAAUAACUAUUAUGGACAAGUAGGUGUAAAUAACAACGGGAAACCCUCCAGUCCGACCGUGGUGAACGUCCCUGAGAUGGGAAAGAUUUUGGAUAUCGCUGCUUAUUGUGACUUAAGUGUUGCCGUCGGCUAUGAUAGAAUUAUCUACGUGUGGGGUUUCCUUGAGUGGGAUUAUCAUACUCCUAUUCCAUUUCCCACAAAGUUUUCAACGAUUCAAGACGCGUAUGCGUACAGUCCGUUGAAACACAUCCACAAUUCAUUUUCAUUGAUUCUGUUUACGAAUAAUUUCAAGUAUGUUGAAGAAGUAUUGAAUAUAUUGGAGUCUUUAAGAACAAUAUUUGAUGCUUCGUUGACGAGUGAUCUUACCAUACUAGUCAAAGGACGACCUAUUUAUGUUCACAAGGCUAUCCUUAAGAUUCGUUGUCAGUAUUUUAAAAAUAUGUUUCAACAUGGUUGGACUGAAAAUAAUCAAAGCAUAUCAGAUUCAGUGUACACCGUAUCGGAUAAAUUUUCUUACGUCGUUUAUAAAGCCUUUUUGAAAUAUUUAUAUUUCGGCACAAUUGAUUUACCUUCGGAGAACGCAUUUGAACUUAUGGAAUUGGCCGACAUGUAUUGUGAAACCAAUCUUGUAAAAGAUUGCAGUCAGAUAAUAAAGAAAAUCAUCACUGUGUCAAAUGUAGCCUUCUUCUACAAUAAGGCGAUCGAAUGCAAUGCUAAGGAACUCGAGGAAUUCUGCUUCCACUUUGCUUUGCGUCACAUGAAAGCUGUAGUACUAUCGGAAGAGUAUAUUAAGUUAGACCUGAAUACAAAAGAUAAUUUUAUACGCAGAGCAGCUGUAGAAGAUAUUUUUAAAACAUAAUUUUUGUUAAAUGCAAGUUUUGAGCCAAAUUGUCAAUUGUUUUUUUA